ACCAGGAAACAGAUUGUACCAGCUGGCUUCCUGUUGCUUGUUGGCAGUUUCCCCUAUUCCUGUUCAUUUAUUCCCCUAUUUGAUCAUCUAACAAGUUCAAAAUGGCGUUCAUGAAGUUCAAAUCGGAUCUAGGCACAGCAAUCAACCGAGCUGUGCAGUACACUGAAGAGAAACUCGGCAGUGCCGAGAAGACAGAGCUUGAUGCGCACUUUGAGAACUUGCUCCAGCGAGCAGAUCAAACCAAAGCAUGGACAGAGAAGGUCCUGGCGGGCACGGAAGCGGUGCUGCAGCCAAAUCCAAGUGAACUUGUGGAAUUGAUGAGCGUCCGUAUGGAGGAGUAUUUUUAUGACAAACUUGAGAAGAAGAAGAGAGAACGGUUAACCAAUGAGGAAUCAUUGGGCUCGGUCAUGGUGGAUGCAGGAAACGAAUUCGGUCCAGGAACUUCUUAUGGCACGGCACUUAUAAAAUGUGGUCAAGCUCAGAUGAGAAUAGGAAUCGCCCAAAAAGACUUUGUGUCGUCUGCCGCUUCCAACUUCCUCCAGCCGCUGAAGAACUUCCUUGAGAGUGACAUGAAAACACUCGGGAAAGAGAGGAAGAUAUUGGAAACGAAACGACUUGAUUUGGAUGCGAGCAAGAACCGGUUGAAGAAGGCCAAGUCAUCACAGUCAAAAGACCAGCUCCAGAAAGAGGUUUAUUUUGAUGAUUUGACCACCGUGCCACUGGACGAGGAGGCGGAAAUAGCCAAAGCAGAGAAAGACCUGCACGCAUGCCAAGUGGAGUUCGAUCGCCAGGCCGAGGUCACUAAGCUGCUAUUGGAGGGAAUCAGCGGAGCGCAUGCACAUCACCUUAAAUGUCUGAAUGAGUUCAUCGACGCCCAGAUGAACUACUACGCCCAGUGCCAGCAGUACAUGGCUGACCUACAGAAGCAACUAGGAAGGUCUUCGUCCAAAGGCGAUGAAGAAAGUUAUUCUAUCGGUGGUGUAGGGAAAAUACGUGCGGCAUCCGGUGUAGGCAACAAUUUCUCAAUCCAUCCGCCAUCGUCGAAUAGCCCCGACCUUUCCACGAUAUCGCGGAAGGCUAAGGUUCUCUAUGACUAUGGCGCCCUCGACGAUACAGAGCUCUCCCUAACCGCAGACGAGAUAAUUCAAGUUUACGUGAUGAAAAAUGACAAUGACUGGAUGAUCGGAGAACGGUUUGGUCAGCGAGGGAAGGUCCCUGUCACGUAUCUGGAACUAAUCUGAUCAUAUAAAUACGCUAUUAUCGGGACAUCGGGAUAUUAUUAUUAUUUUACGCAUUCAUCUCUACGUGUCAUUUCUUUUGACAGUAAAGUAUAUCUUGGGCGAUUGCUAGAAUAGGUUAGGAUAUCGUGUUGGAUUUGAAUUUUCUGAUAUGAAUUGAUUUUGUUCUAUUACCAGUUUGGCCUACUCUAGCGUUUGUCCGAAAUGUACCAUAGCAUGUUUUUAAUCUGCGUUCAAGAGACGUUCUGUGGCUCUAUCGUCGAGAAUGUAAUGUGCACGUUCAACAUAUUGUUUACAUGAAAAAUAUUGUUUGCAUAAAAAAUAUAUAAGCUGGCUGAAUAAUUCAUAGAGAGGUUUGGCGUCGUUUGUAUCUCCCAUUCUGACAUCAACUUUGAGAGUGAAUUAUAGUCCUCUACAACUUUGAUUCUGAACUGACAUACCUGUUCAUGUUGAUAAACUAUGUGCAUCUAUGCAAGGAUAUUUUUAAUUUGGGACCAGAUUUGUGCAAAUGGCGGAAAUAAUUAAGUCUAAGUCGUGGUGAUGAUCUCUGACUUGGCUAACGACUUCUAUAUAUCCGUCUUUUGCAAAGGUCCAAUUUGGAAUUGGAAAUAUGAUUGUCAAGAUGCAAGUGGAGUAUCAAUGUGAAGAUAUUCGUGAUUUGAACUAAAUCUAAUAUAUCACUAGAUAACUGCAAUUCAACCUCGGAAAUGAAGUCCGAGUGGGAGUCGGACGGAUGCCAACCUCUCUAUUCUCUUGCCCUAUCUCUCGCCUUAUAAAUUUUUGUUUAUAUUCGUUAUCAAUUAUUGAGAGUGAACCUCGUAUCCGGGAAGGUUAGUCAUCCUCGUAUACAGGGAGCCUGUGAUGCACAUGUGACUGGUUUAGUUGGACGUCUUUUCAACAACUUGUAUAAAAGUUAACGAUUUAUUGCAAAAUGUUUAUUAUUAUUAUGGAAUCUUAUCGACUGAAGAAAGUUGUGUUCGUUACAUGGUUAAUUGCUAGUAUAUUGAGUGACCUGUCUUUCAAAUUUCAGAGAUUUUGAGCCAACGGUAACUCUUAUGAUAAAAAAAUUCCAAAAUUUUUCUGAUGCAUUUUUAGUGAAAUUGUGAACUUUGAAGCUAUUUUUCUCAAAAUGGUAAAGAUGGAUAUAAAUCUUGUUUUGGAUUGAAACUCUUUGUGUGCUGUAUGAACUGGGAGGAAGAUGGUUAAAUACCAAUUAGGAGGUGGAAUGGGAAUUGACGGAAUAUAUUGAGGUUUUCUUGUGAUAGUUACAGAAUGCGAUAGGAAGGCUGUAUAAUGUAGUUUUAUAGUCUGAUGUAUCUUUUGGGAGGCUGGAUUCAAUUUGCUAUGUACUUAAUACUUAACCCUGUAGCUGAAGUGGUCAUGGAUUAUUUGAUUGAUUUCAUCCCCUUGGUCGACUUGUACAUUCCCUUCAAAUAUCACAUCACAAUCCAACACGACUAUAACAGCAAUAACUGCAGAGACGGACGUGAAACUUGAACGCCUUGUCUGCAUGGCGAAAGGAGCAAGUUUAUAAUCCACGCUCGUCAUGAUUUACCGACCUUGUUUGAUUUUAAGUUAUGCAAUGAUGCUAUAUACAGAAUAAUUCUGCUGAUCUGUUAACUUCUUAUUGGCUCUACCUCAUUUUCCGUACUCGAUGGUUGUGUAAAAAGUAUAAAGAAUCCUGACCAAAUCUUUGUAACCUUCCUUUUCCACUUCUUGAAAAAUAUAUAUUGGAUUGGAACUGAACAAGAAGAAGAGAAAGCACCCUGAUUAUGACCGUACCAAUAUUUUGAACAUCAUUGGAUACCAACUUUGAUAAAUGACAAAAGAACAACUUUGGCAUGUGACAUCGUUGAUUUACUGCAGGUUCACCUUAAAAGGGAACUGAAACCGCCAAGCCAGUUCGUAUGACCUCGUUUUCAUUUCCCGCGUAUCGGGUGAUCAGAACGAGGCAUGAAUGAAACAUGGCGCCUAGCUGUCAAUCAUUGAGUGACGUCACUACUAUGGAAUUUACUACGAAAACUCAUGAAUGAAAGAUCGCAUGACUCACGUGAUUCUCACAUGAUUCUCAAUAGUAACAAAUUGAACUGCGCAUGCUCGGGCACUGGGGGCGGAGCUACAAAUCUGAACUCGAAUAGGAAGUUGGAAGUUUGACUUUGUCGUGCGGUGAAAGUCGAAAAGUUGAAUAAAUCGCUCGGCGGUUCCAGUUCCCUUUAAAGUGAAUUUCGUAGGAUCAAUACCAAGGCCAUUGUGGGUAAAACUGGCUUGUUUGCAGAGCACUGUAGAUUUGCCAAUGAAGAUAGUGAUUCAGUGUCCUUGUUGUUCCUGUUUCAAGGUGUUUUCAGCAUGGUUUGUCCUUUGCAGGUUCACCUUAAAGUGAAUUUCGUAGGAUCAAUACCAAGACCAUUGUGGGUAAAACUGGCUCGUUUGCAGAGCACUGUAGAUUUGCCAAUGAAGAUAGUGAUUCGGUGUCCUUGUUGUCCCUGUUUCAAGGUGUUUUCAGCAUGGUUUGUCCUUAUUUAAAUUGGCUUAAAAUUGCUAACGCUAUAUUUUUGUGCCAUAUUGUAUGACUCCCUUUUUGUAAGAGCCCCAGAUUUAAACACCUUUGACAAAAAUUUGCUGCUUUUGUAUCCCUGUAUGUAGACUACCCAUUUGUGAUUUUUUUGGGGGUGGGGGGCAAUUACCACUCUGUCCAGACGAAUUGCCUAGAAACUCGUUGCAACAGUUAUCGCAUGCAUGGUACCUUGUUAAAGUAUCCCAGUUUGUAAACUCCCUUGCAAAGACGUAUCUAAGAUGCACUGUGUUUUGAGCAACAAGGCACAUCAAUUAUGACCAGAGCUGUAAUCUGUAUUAUUUUGUAAAGAACAUUACACCUUGUAGAAUAAAUCCUUAUCCAAAUGAUCACAUUGAUACUUGUUCAAACAAUGUUUAAAUCAUUGAUAUUCCGAUAUGAAAUCCUCCAAGUUGGGUAUUUUGGCCCCGGAUUAAUUUUCAAGUUGGAUCUUUGGUCCGUAAUUGGUAUCUGGAGGGUUUGAUACCGGCGUCUCCAUGUCUGUAUCUUUUAUUUGUAAUGACAUUUAUUCAUGCUCAAUAUCUAAGUAUAAUAUAGCAAGCGAUUUUUAGACAAAUGCUGAGGCUAAAACUCAUUAUUAUGAGAACGUUUUGUGUCUGUUUCUUUAGUGUAUUAUACUGCACCAUCCGUACCCAUCAAGCAAGGAUCCCCAUUUUGGGGGGGGGGGUGUCGCCAAUUCAAGGACUUGUCGCAAAUUUGGCUGACAACACCCUGUGUGGAGGUUAACAAGAAGGGUUAAAUGCCUUGCUCAAGGACACAAGAAGAAACAGUGGUGGUCCUUUCAAGAGUCGAACCCACAACCUCCUGAUUAUGAGUCCAGCGCUCUAACCACUUUGACAUUGAUCUCCGUUUUGGCACACAAAGAAAUAGGAAGUCUACCAUCACAUCAGCAGAUUGUCCUGUCUCAAUGAACAAGUUCAAAAUUUAAUGGUACAAUCUGUGCAGUGGUCUGCCAAGGGUUAAUGAGUCUGUCUAGGCUUCAUAUCAAUUCAGCCCUUGAAAAAUAGGAAAGGUGUUAUCCUGGUGAAGUUUGGUCCUUUUAAAUAUCAACAUUAAUUUAGAUUGUAGACAAAGGUACAAAAGUGUUCCAUCUUAAAGUGAAUUUAUCACAGUGUUCAAAUAAUCCACGAAAGCGCAUUUUUGCUGGCUGUACCAAACUACUUCUUGUUGCUUCAGUAACGGGCCUAGCUGAGCGCAAUGACCAGUGUUGUAAUGAAAAGAGAAGCAAAUCAUCUUGACCUAAUUGCUGAGUUGCAUUGAAAGAGAUUCUGCGGUGUUUAAUUAUAAUUUACAUUUUGUCUUUUUUGGACAAAGUCAAAACCAGAAAGCUGGGAUAAGUUCACUUUAAACAGAAAGAUGGUCAAAACUGAUAGACAUGUAAUAGAUCCAGAUCAGUUGGGGCUUGCAAUAUUUCAUACAUAUUCUUAUGAAAGCUAAAAAGUGUAUUAUUGCCGUGUAUUAAAUGAAAUAAAAUUAUUUUGUUUCAAGUUAA